AUGCUUGGUCAGUGCGCUGGCCGGAGUCGCCCACACCACCGCAGCCCCUGCCUCGCUUGCGCACGACGAGCCACUCCCGCCGGGCCCGCCACCCCCCAGACCUUCAUCAAGAUGCGUACCGUCGCGUGUGUCCUGCUCGCCCUCGUGGCGGUGGCGGCUGCUCGCGAGCUCCAGCAGCUCAACUGCAAGACUGACUCGAGGGCCACCCUGAACCUCUCCGGCUCCGGCUCCGGCGUCGCCCAGUCCCAGGCUUUCUGCCAGGCCGAGGCCGACGCCCGCAGCGCCAUUGAGAAGACCAUCAGCGAGUACGUGGUCAAGAUCUUCGAGGGCGACGCCGCGGGCCAGUGUACCGAGGCCGCCGCCAGCGACGCCGUGACCGGCAUCGCCAAGGCCGUCGCCACCGCCUACACCAGCGUCACCACCAAGGUCGAGAUCCAGGGCACGGGUGAGGCCUGCGCUGAGGGCUUUGCUGCGGGCGACGCUUUGGCCAUCUCCCUCGUGGACAUUACCCUGGACCUGUCCGUCCAGCUCAUCGAGGAGAAGUACCCCGAUGAGGGCUACGGCGAGCAGAUCGUGAAAGCCGUCACCGGCAAGGAGAACGAGGCCACCGGCGCUGCCGCUGGCCGGGCCGUCGCGGUCGUCGUGGCCAGCGCCUGGGCCGCCGCUGCUGGCGGCGCCUGCACCACCGGCGGCUUCGAAUCCAACUUCGAGGAGGCGUUCGUGGAGUCCGCCUCCACCGCCAUCGCUGAGCUCUGGGCCACCGUCGUCGUGGAGCUGUGCUCCAACUUCGAAGAGGGUGAGCCACCUGCUGCCGUGUCAACGUCCGAAUGCCGCUGCCCAUAA